AUGGUCCUCGAGCCAUUUCCACACCGUUCCCACGAUACCUUCAUCAUAACUCUCUCUCAAACCCUCACCCUGAUCAGCGCCCUCUUCUACCUCCACCUCCUGUAUGCGACCUCCUACCUAGUCCGACCAUUCUGGAACUCGCGCCGAGAAUUCCCACCUCUUCGCGAGAAGAUCGAUCGAAUCGAAAAACGCAUCCUGGAGAUUUUUCUGCGCAUCAUCCCACCCACGGGCUCUCGCGCCGCGCUCCAUAUUCCCGAAGAUGCAUUGGCCCAGCGCAUGGUCCAGGCCACAGACAGAGCAACAACCCCUCGAAUCCCGCCAUGCCCGCAGGCACAGUGUCUGUUAGACACAAACCUCAUUGCUCCGCUCAGCCUGCCGCAGUGCUACCCGGAGUCAUCGACGGAGCGGCGCACAGGACCGCAUGGGCACAGGUUUCGGCUGGAUCUGGCGUCGUCGACGCGCACCUCGCGACGCAUCUCGGCCAGCUCUGCAGUGCUUUAUAGUGCCGUCAACAGAAUUGCGUCGGAUGGUCGAUCUAAAAUUUCCGUCUUUGCUGGGGCUGCGCUCCAUCCUCCGGAUGAGAUCGUCAAGCCGCAAGUUCAACCUCAAGAGCAUUCCCAACACCCACAGACUAUGCUUCUCGGCCCUUCUCGGCCCUCGCCAUUCUUUACUCCCUCGGAUACACCGCUGCUGCCCGUUCAUCAGUCGUCUGUCCCAGUCCCAGUCCCAGUUCCUGAACCCAUUCCGGCUCAGGUCCAGGCACAGACACAGGCCCCUGAAUCUCCUACCCGUCUGAGUCAACAGUCCUCCGUUCCCUCGGCAGACCGCCGCAGUGACCCUGGUCCGACGGCACGCUACUCUGACUCGUUGCACGAGUUCGAUGAUUCGACUACUGUGCAGCUAUGCCGCUCGCCCAAGUACCGGUCCGUUGAGAGCUAUCCCGGCAGGUUUCCUGUGAGUGAUACCUUGGAGUAUAGCUCGCUUGCUACGGCGUCAUUUGCGUUCAAGGGUCGGGGGACUACGACUGUUCGGCCGUUCUCGGAUUACUAG